AUGGCUGCUACCAAUGGUGUGAACGGCACUCAUAAGACAGCUCAUGUGUCGGUAGACGAGUUCUUACAACAGAGCUACGACUACGUCAUCUGUGGUGGAGGUACAGCAGGUUUAACGAUUGCUGCCCGCUUGACGGAAAACCCUGAUAUUACCGUCGGUGUGAUCGAAGCGGGCAAGAACCGUCUUGGUGACCCGUUGGUUGAUACGCCAGCUGCCUUUAUCCACAUGCUCGGCAACAAAGAGUAUGACUGGGCCUACGACACGGUGCCUCAGGUGGGCAACAAGAACAAAGUCCAUCAGGUCCCUCGUGGAAAACUUCUCGGAGGUUCUAGUGGCAUCAACUAUAUGAUGUAUGUACGCGGAUCCGACCAAGACUACGAUGACUGGGCAGAACUGGCAAAUGACAAAGGAUGGUCUGCCGCGGAAAUGAAGCAAUACAUGCGUAAACACCAGACAUUGGAACCCAUUGAUCCGAAGGUUACAGAUCGAACGGCUAUGCCAUUUGUCGGUGAAAACCAUGGCACGAGUGGCCCAGUCAGAACCAGCUUCAAUGACUCAAAGUUGCCUAUCGAGGAUGACAUUAUCAAGGCCGCUGAUCAGGCCACGGGCUUUAGCAAGAAGCCAAUCGACCCUUGGAGCGGAGAUCACAUCGGCUUCUACAACACACUUGGUGCAGUCAUCCGUACAGGCCCUGACAAGGGCAAACGAAGUUAUGCUGGACGAGGAUAUUUUCAAGCUAACCAAGACCGACCCAACCUGAGAGUCAUUACCGAGUCAUUAGUAUCGCGUGUGGUGCUCGAGAAUGCAACCGCUACGGGUGUCGAGUUCAUCCACAAUGGCCAGAAGCACACCGUCAAGGCCAAACGUGAAGUCAUCGUCAGCGGUGGCACGAUUAAUUCACCACAGAUCCUCGAGCUCUCUGGAAUUGGUGACCCAGAAGUUCUCAAAGCAGCCGGCGUUGAUGUCAAGGUCGACCUCCCCACAGUGGGGACAAACUACCAAGACCAUGUCGUCGGUGGUACGAUCUACCAUCUGGCCCCAGGGCAGAUCUCCGGGGACAUCAUCCACACUCCGGACGUGAUGGCCGCCGCACAGAAACAACUGGCCGAGGAACAAGGAGGGCCGCUAACAGGAAUCCAAGGCGUGCAGGGCUUCUUCCCCGUGUCCAUGUUCUUGGAAGAGGGCGAGCUGGAGGAGAUCGUGCAGAGCAUCGAAUCGACCAAGCCGGCGAGCGACUUCCAAAAGAAACAAUGGGACCAAGUCAUCGCGCACCUGCGGAGCCCGAAAUCGGCCAACCUGCAACUGGUCUUCAUCGGCGUGACAGGAGACUUCGAGAACGGCACGGCAGACCAGUCCAAACUGUGGCCUGCGCCAGCGAGCCCCGACCAACCCAACGGCAUCACCUUCGCCAUCUGCAUGCAAUACCCCGUCGCGCGCGGCACCAUCCACAUCAAGUCCGCCGACCCAGCGGAGCACCCAACCAUCGACCCGAACUACCUCAACCACCCGGCCGACGUGGCCGUGAUGGCCGCGGGCCUGAAAUUCUGCGAGAAGCUCGUCAACGCGCCCGCCAUGGAGGGCAAGACGAGCAAGCGCGUGCACCCACCGCCCGAGCGCUUCCCGCUGACCACCGUCCAGGAGCGCCGCGCCGCCGCGCAGGAGUACUGCAUCGGCGAGUACCACUCGUGCGGCUCGUGCGCCAUCGGCAGCACGGUCGACUCUAGACUGAAGGUCUACGGCGUGCAAGGGCUGAGAGUUGCUGAUGCGAGUGUCUUUGCGAACAACGUCAGUGGCAACAUCGUCAGCAGUGUCUAUGCGGUAGCGGAGAAGGCGGCCGACCUCAUCAAGCAGGAUUGGGACUAUGCCGCGCUGAAUAAGGCCGCCAAGUGA